AGUAAGAGGGAGGAGAGAUCGGGAGGAGAUCGUUUCCGCCAUUGGAAUUUGUCUUCUGAAUUUUUAGCUGAAUUUGUCUUCGUUUUGGACAGAACAAUGGCUGCAACUUUACGUCCUUACCUUAACGCCGUACGAUCAACGCUCACAGCAUCGAUGUGCUUGGAAAACUUCGAUUCCCAAGUGGUGGAAAGGCACAACAAACCUGAAGUAGAGGUCCGUAGCAGCAAGGAGUUGCUUUUAACACCAGUGACCAUCAGCCGAAAUGAGAAAGAAAAAGUGCUCAUCGAAGGCUCAAUCAACUCGCUGAGAAUAAGCAUUGCAGUGAAGCAAGCUGACGAGAUUGAAAAGAUCUUGUGCAAGAAGUUUAUGCGUUUUAUGAUGAUGCGGGCCGAGAACUUCUUCAUCCUUCGAAGGAAGCCCGUUGAAGGCUACGACAUUAGCUUCCUCAUCACCAAUUUCCACACGGAGCAAAUGUUUAAGCACAAGCUCGUCGACUUUGUGAUUCAGUUCAUGGAAGAAAUAGACAAAGAGAUCAGUGAAAUGAAGUUGGCUGUUAAUGCAAGGGCGCGUAUCUGUGCCGAAGAGUUCCUAAAGAAUUUCUAGAUUUAAAAACUUGUACUGCAUCCAUGAAGGUUGAACAAGUUGAAACUUUAUACAGAGUUCUUAAUAUUUAGUUUUGUAAUCUUCAUGUAUACAGCGUAAUCUUGUAAAGUUAUGGAUUGUCUCAAACUUUCAGUCGCCUUGGACUCAUUACAAGAUAAUUAAAGUUGAUCUGAUUGUUUAGUUGCUAUAUUGUUGUUGUCAAUGUUGUUGUUUUUAUUGACUGUCUAGAAAUAAAUUUGACCUAGAGUUUG